AUGCGCAGAGAAGAAUACCUCGACAUGGCUUCCACCCUCCCCAGUCCCAACGCACCCCAGAACAGGUCCCACCUCUGGGACUUUUUCAUGGAAGACAUCCGGGAAGACCUCCUCCUCGAAUGCGAACUCCUCCUCCUCUCCUUCGCAACCGGCAUCCAAGACGCCGCCGCCUGGCCAGACUACACCUGCUUCGCCUCCAACCAAACCGGCAACACGCUCUUCCUCGCCAUCGGCGUCGCCGGCCUCACCAACAACGCCUACAGCUUCCCCAACAUCGGCGUCAGUCUAAGCCUGUUCGUGGCCGGUGGCCUGGUCAUGGGCCAACUGGGGAACUACGUGGGUGUGCGACGGCGGCUAUGGCUUCUCAUCAGCAACCUCAUUCAAACGACGCUCGUCUUCUGCGCGCUGAUCAUCCAGUACUCAUGGCCCAUCCGGCGGGACGGGCCGGCCGCAAUGGCUGUCAUUGCGUGCUUGGCGUUUUCAGGCGGCGCGCAGGUAGCGAUGAGUCGGUCAUUGAAGAUGACCGAGAUAACGACUGCGAUGGCGACGGCGGCGUUCAUCGAUGUGGUUGUUGAUCCGAAGUUGGGGAAGUUGCGGAAUCGGCUGAGGAAUCGCAGGGUGAUGUUUUUGGUUAUGUUGACGGCGGGUUGUUUUGUGGGUGCGUUCGCGCAGCGAGAGGUGGGCUCGCAUUUUCCGCUUUUGCUGUGUGCGAUUGGGAAGGUGAUGGUUAGCGGGGCGUUUUUGUUCAAUAGGCCUAUUGUGAAAGAGGAGGAGGAGGAGGAGGAUGUAAAAGCGUAA